AUGGGAACCACCGUCGCUACCAAUGCUCUUCUUGAAAGGAAAGGGGAGAAGAUCGCCCUUAUAGUGACAAAGGGCUUUAAGGACUGUCUCGAAAUUGGCAAUCAGUCUCGCCCGAAAAUCUUCGAUCUUGCAAUCAGGCGCCCCGAGGUUCUAUAUCAAAAGGUGGUUGAAAUUGACGAGCGAGUGACCCUGGAGGACUACGCAGAAGAUCCCACUCGAAAGAAAACUAAAGUUCCUCCUAGGGAACAAGCUUCUUCUGACACUGAACUUGUAAGUGGAGUCUCAUCCGAGGCUGUGAGGAUUUUCAAAAGGCCGAACAAGGACACGGUGCGGGACCAGCUGCAGCAAUUAUACAACGAUGGUUUUCGCAGUAUUGCAGUUUGCCUCAUGCACGGGUACACCUUUCCAGAUCACGAGGCUGUGGUUGGUAACUUGGCUCGAGAAGUUGGCUUCACACACGUCAGUUUGAGUCAUGAACUUAUGCCGAUGAUAAAACUGGUUCCCAGGGCCACUUCAGCUUGUGCAGAUGCCUACCUUACCCCCACCAUCAAAAAGUAUAUAUCCGGGUUUGAGGCGGGCUUUGAAGGUGGGCUAGGUGCAAAAGCCGUGCAAAAUAACGCUGGUGGAAAGGGGGCUCGUUGUGAAUUCAUGCAAUCAGAUGGCGGUCUUUCCGAUGUCAGUCAGUUUUCUGGCUUGAAAGCCAUUCUCUCGGGCCCAGCGGGAGGAGUGGUCGGAUACGCUCUGACUUCCUAUGAUUCAGACUCCAAGAUUCCCGUCAUUGGUUUUGAUAUGGGUGGGACAAGCACUGAUGUCAGCCGAUAUGGCGAAGGCAGAUACGAACAUGUCUUUGAAACAACUACUGCUGGGGUCACAAUCCAGUCACCGCAAUUAGACAUCAACACAGUAGCUGCAGGUGGCGGUUCUCGGCUUUUCUUUAAAAAUGGACUUUUCAUUGUGGGCCCCGAAUCCGCAGGUGCCCAUCCUGGCCCAGCCUGCUAUCGAAAAGGGGGCCCUCUGACUGUUACUGAUGCCAAUCUUUAUCUUGGAAGGAUACUUCCGGAUUUCUUCCCCAAAAUAUUCGGUAAAGACGAAAAUGAGGGAUUGGACGAAGAGGCUAGUCGCCAAAAAUUUGAAGAAAUCGCAGAUCAAAUCAAUGAAGAAAUCUCUAAGACUGACAAGGACAAGAAGAUGACCCCAGAUGAGGUGGCAUAUGGGUUCAUUAAAAUUGCGAAUGAGACGAUGACACGGCCCAUACGUUCACUCACUGAAGCUAGAGGCUACGACACGUCAAAGCACCGCCUGGCUACAUUUGGAGGGGCAGGUGGUCAACAUGCCGUUGCUAUUGCUGAGGGGCUGGGUAUAACACAAAUUCUAGUACACCGAUACUCUUCUGUACUCUCGGCAUACGGUAUGGCCUUGGCUGAUGUUGUUGACGAAAGUCAAGAACCAGAAUCACAAGUCUGGGCGGCGGGAGAGGUCCAGCAAAAGCUGAGGUCUAAGAUGGAGUAUCUGAAACGGAGAUCCACGGAAAAGCUACGUGCACAAGGGUUUGGACUUGAAUCGAUCGUUUUCGAAGAGUACUUGAACAUGCGAUAUAGAGGAACGGAAUCGGCGCUCAUGAUCCUGAAGCCAACACCGGGAGAGGCAAAGGCUUUCUACGACGGCGAUGAGUGGGCCUUUGAAAAGGCCUUCAUAAAACAACACGAGCGCGAGUUCGGGUUCGUACUUCCAGACAGAGACAUCAUUGUUGACGAUGUGCGCGCUCGUGGCAUCGGCAAAAUCUUCCAGGGCCUUGAAAAGUCAAUCGACCAACAACUGAAGGAAGCGAGACCAAUAGAUGUCAACCCUAAAAAUAUAUUUCGGACCACAAAUGUCUAUUUUGAUGGAGGUCGUCGAGAUACACCCGUUUAUAAGCUGGACGAGUUGAAUGUCAAUGAUCGAGUUAAAGGGCCAGCGAUAAUAGCUGAUGACACUCAAACGCUCGUUGUGACUCCAGGUGCAAGUGGUCUGAUUACGGAUACACAUGUAGUAAUAAAUAUUGGAGAGAGUGAAACUCAUGAAGUCAAACCCGAAACCGACGAGGUCAAUCCCAUCAUGCUAAGUAUUUUUGCUCACCGCUUCAUGGCUAUAGCUGAACAGAUGGGUCGCGCUUUGCAGAAAACGAGCGUGAGUACUAAUGUUAAGGAGAGACUCGACUAUUCAUGUGCACUCUUCGACUCAGAUGGGGGGUUAGUAGCGAACGCGCCUCACUUGCCUGUGCAUCUCGGCAGUAUGUCAACGUGUGUUCGGACCCAGGCUGCCAUAUGGAAAGGAAAAUUGAAGCAAGGGGAUGUUAUCGUUUCUAAUCAUCCGGAAUUUGGAGGCACCCAUCUUCCAGACAUCACCGUCAUAACACCAGCUUUUGCUGGUAAAGAGAUUAUCUUCUAUGUAGCCUCUCGAGCACAUCACGCGGACAUUGGAGGUAUUCUUCCAGGCAGUAUGCCACCUCAUUCCAAGGAACUCUACCAAGAGGGUGCCACUAUCAAGUCAGAGAAGUUAGUUUCAGAAGGUCAUUUCAAUGAACAACGAAUUACGGAAUUGCUUUAUCGCGAGCCUGCAAGGUACCAGGACUGCAGUGGAACAAGAUGUCUCGCAGACAACCUGAACGACCUUAAAGCGCAAGUCGCCGCGAAUCAAAAGGGUAUAAAUCUAAUUUGUUCUCUGAUUGAAGAAUAUGGACAAGAACGGGUACAGCAUUAUAUGCACAAAAUCCAAGAAAAUGCCGAGACCAGCGUUAGGAAUUUGCUGAAAGAAGUGAGCCGCAAAUUUCAGGGGAGGGACCUGUCAGCUGUUGAUUAUAUGGACGACGGAAGCCCUAUCAAACUACAUAUAUCAAUCCAGCCAGAGGAUGGAACCGCUUUCUUCGAUUUCACGGGUACUGGACCCGAAGUUUACGGGAAUAUCAAUGCACCUGAAGCCGUAACCUACUCAGCUAUUAUAUAUUGUCUAAGAUGUCUGAUCUCUGAGGAUAUACCGCUUAACCAGGGUUGUCUCAAGCCAGUAAAGGUGCACAUUCCGAAAAAUUCAUUCUUGUCACCUUCUGAGAAUGCCGCUGUGGUCGGAGGGAAUGUCCUCACAAGCCAGCGAAUCACAGAUGUAAUCUUGAAAUGUUUCCGGGCUUGUGCGGCUUCGCAGGGCGAUACAAAUAAUUUAACUUUUGGCUUUGGAGGCAACAUUUCUGGAGGAGAAGAAACUAGGGGAUUUGGCUAUUAUGAAACUAUUGCGGGGGGUAGCGGGGCUGGUCCAGACUGGGCAGGGACGUCUGGAGUACAUACACAUAUGACUAAUACUCGAAUAACUGAUGCCGAGGUCUUUGAGCGGCGAUAUCCAGUCUUACUUCGAGAAUUCAGCCUACGGCCUGGGUCUGGGGGGCUCGGCCAGCAUUGUGGAGGAGAUGGUGUCAUCAGAGACAUUGAAUUCCGCAUUCCUGUCCAAGUUUCGAUCCUCUCGGAACGACGGGUUUACCGGCCAUAUGGCCUUGAAGGUGGUGAAGACGCACGAAGUGGACGUAACCUUUGGGUUCGAAAAAUCCGAAGGAGCGACAAAGAUGACAAGGAGAUCGUUGAAGACCGACUCAUCAACUUAGGGGGCAAGAACAGCGUGAAAAUGCGACCUGGAGAACGCAUCAUCAUCAUGACGCCUGGAGGAGGUGGCUGGGGUAUUGCUGGUGAUGAGAGCAAAGUUCGCAGGAAGCGCGAUGUGAAACACGCCUGGCGAGGAGGGUCAAUAGCAAACAUGCUUGCAACACAAGAAAGCAGCAUGUAG